GUCUGGACGACCGCGCCUCAAACACAUGUCCAGGCAUCCUGUCCAAGUUAGAAUCAACCAGAUCCAGUGAGCAUAUCUCUGGAAGCAUCAGCGUGCAGCGUCGGCGUGCAGGUGGCAGCGCUCCUGAUCCGGCGAGCCACUCCAUGUCGCGCAUCGGGGGCAUCCAUGCUUGCUCCACCAUGUCCAGCGCGUGCUGCAGGUCCAUGCCUACAACAUCUCGUAAGUCAGCCUCUUAAGAGGCCGGGUUUAAUAUCGAGGCUCCCCACAGCCUCCGCUGCCUGUUCGCUCAUCCGUCUUCCCCCGUUGCCCCAUUCUCUUUACCCGUCACUACUUCUGCGUUUACAUUCUCCCACCCAACUUCACACGUUUGAUUCACCGCUGCACCGCUCGACACCGCCAGCCUGGAUUGCCAUAUCGCCAGGAAACACUCCCCGGCAUAGGCUACUUGCACAAGCCACAGCUGCGUCCCGAGAGCGUGAAACCGUCUUCCUAGCCCCGCAGCACUCGACCGCGUUGGCUAUAUAUCAUCACACAUAUACCAACAAGUCUGGUCUCGCCCUUUCACGCGUCCAGCCAACCAGCCAGUUGGCUCUGCACCUGACCUCGGCCCUGUUACUCUGUCAGCAACCCGCCGAGCGGGCAUUGAUGCCGCUUCUCUCCUGAUUCCCUCGCCGCUACCCACCUACUUUUCUUCCAUUUGGUGGACUUUAGUGCCAUGGUCCGAAGAUUGUUGUUGUAGGAACUGGAUUGGGGAGCCGUACACAUUCGUUUUAUUAUUAGCCUGAUAGCAUACGUUCGUUUCUUUUGGUCGC